UUGGGAGACUCUAAGUGGAGUUGUCUCGUUUCCGACAGCCCGUGAAUGCAGCACCAGCCCCUCCAGUUCCUCCUGCGUGACCGCGCACAGAAGCGCCGUGGCCGCAGACGGGCGCACGUUCACCGCUCGAACAGGAUGUAGCGGCGGAGACGCUCCGCGGAACGAAGAGGCGGAAAGCGGCUCCAAGUGUGGGAUGCGACGGGCAGACAUGACCGCCGCGGCGGCGGGGGGCAGCAACCAGACGCGGGGAGUCCCGGUGCGGCACCGCACCGCCGGCAGGUCUUGACGCCCGCUCCCUCCCGCGGACUUCAGAACCACACCGAACGCGCAGCAUUACCGAAACAGCCCGCAUCACAUCGAUCAUGGCGAGCCAGAGUGACUGCUGCGUGAAGGUUGCGUUGAGGGUUCGCCCUCAAAUGGCCAAUGAGAAGAUAGAAGGCUGUCAUGUGUGCACCCUGGUCACUCCUGGGGAGCCCCAGGUCCUCCUUGGGAAGGACAAGGCCUUCACCUACGACUUUGUGUUUGAUUUGGACUCAGAGCAGCACCUCGUCUACCAGACCUGCGUGUACAAGCUGAUCGAGGGCUGCUUUGAGGGUUACAAUGCCACUGUGUUUGCCUACGGUCAGACUGGUUCCGGUAAGACCUACACCAUGGGAACGGGUUUUGACGUGAACCUGGGCCUGCAGGAGCAGGGCAUCAUCCCUCGAGCCGUUCAUCAGCUCUUUGAAGGGAUCCAGAGCAGGAGGCUGCGAGCACAGCAGGCCGGCGUCCAGGCGCCCGAGUUUAAAGUCAGCGCCCAGUUUCUGGAGUUGUACAAUGAGGAGAUCCUGGAUUUAUUUGACGGAACCAGAGAUCCAGAGAGCCGCAACAGGAAGUCCAACAUUCGGAUUCACGAGGACGCCACCGGCAGCAUCUACACUACAGGAGUCACUUCCAGACUGGUUCACUCGGAGGAGGAGCUGCUGCAAUGCCUGAAGUUUGGCGCUCUGUCCCGCACCACAGCCAGCACGCAGAUGAAUGCCCAAAGCUCCCGGUCACACGCCAUCUUCACCAUCCACCUCUGUCAAAUGAGAGUCUGUCAGCAGCUGCAAAUGCAGAAUGGAGGAGGGGAGACCGGAGAGCUGGACGGUGUAAACGGCCUGGACUCAAACCCCAUCGCCCAGCCGGAGUACGAGACCCUGAUGGCCAAGUUUCAUUUUGUGGAUCUGGCUGGUUCAGAGAGACUGAAACGCACAGGGGCCACAGGAGAGAGGGCCCGGGAGGGAAUCUCCAUUAACUGUGGACUGCUUGCGCUGGGAAAUGUGAUCAGCGCUUUGGGGGAUCAGUCCAAGAAAGGAGGACACGUCCCGUACAGAGACUCCAAACUCACCCGACUGUUACAAGACUCCCUGGGAGGAAACAGCCACACAUUAAUGAUCGCCUGCGUCAGCCCGUCAGACCGAGACUUCAUGGAGACACUAAACACGCUAAAGUACGCCAACCGCGCCCGAAACAUCAAGAACAAGGUGGUUGUGAACCAAGACAAGACCAGCCAGCAGAUCAGCGCGCUGAGAGCUGAGAUAGCCCGACUGCAGAUGGAGCUGAUGGAGUACAAGGCGGGGAAGCGUGUAGCGUGCGAGGAUGGCUCUGAGGGCUACAGUGACCUGUACCAGGAGAACACCAUGCUGCAGAGGGACAAUGACACGCUGCGCCUCAGAGUGAAGGCCAUGCAGGAGACCAUUGAUCACCUCAACAGCCGGGUGACCCAUCUCCUGGCCAAUGAGGUCAGCUCUUUGCUCACCAAGUCAGGUCAAGGCAACGAGGAGAUCGGGACUCUGAUUCAGAACUACAUCCGUGAAGUUGAAGAACUCCGGACCAAACUUCUUGAGAGCGAGUCCAUGAAUGAGACGUUAAGACGGCAGAUGGCCCGCCUCUCAUCUAGAUCCCUGUUUCCAGACUCCUCUCUAAGCCCUGCCCCCGGCCACCCCCCCGGCUCCUCGCCUGUUCCCAUAUCCAUGGAGGCCGAGAUGACGGACGUGCUGCGCCGCGCAAAGCUGGACAUCGAGAGGCUGAAGAAAAAGGAGAGGAGACAGAGAAGGAUGAGUCCAGAGUUGGAGAAAGGUCUGAAGAAACGAGUGAAGCUGCACACUCAGGAGAACGGAGAGAGCCGGCAGAGCGGCGAGAACGGACAGAACGGGGAGAUCGACUCCGAUGAUAAUUACACAGAGGACGUCAUGUCUCCUCUGCAGGAGGAGAGUGGUUGUGAAGAAGAUGAGGAUGAAGAGGAGGGCCGGGAUGAAGAGGAGGAUUUCGACAGUGAUGAGAGUCUGGUGGACUCUGAUUCUGACUCAGAUGAGAAAGCUAACUUCCAGGCAGACCUGGCAGACCUGACCUGCGAGAUCGAGAUCAAGCAGAAGCUGAUAGAUGAGCUGGAGAACAGCCAGCGGCGGCUGCUGAUGCUGAAGCUGCAGUACGAGGAGAAGCUCAUCCUGCUACAAAACAAAAUCCGAGACACGCAGAUGGAGAGAGACCGCGUGCUGCAGAACCUCAUGUCCAUGGAAAACUACACAGAGGAAAAGGCCAACAAGAUCAAGCAGGAGUACGAGAAGCGCCUCAAGGAAAUGAACCGUGACCUGCUCAAGCUACAAACCGCACAGAAGGAGCAUGCACGUCUUCUGAAAAACCAGGGGAGGUACGAACGCGAGCUGAAGAAACUUCAGUGUGAAGUCAACGAGAUGAAGAAAGCCAAGGUGACACUGAUGAAGCAGAUGAAAGAGGAGCAACAGAGGAGGAGGAUGGUGGAAGCCAAGAGAAACCGGGAGAUUGCACAGCUCAAAAAGGAGCAGCGACGGCAAGAGUACCAGAUCCGAGCACUGGAGUCUCAGAAGCGGCAGCAGGACCUGGUGCUACGGAGGAAAACUCAGGAGGUGACCGCCCUGCGGCGCUUAGCCAAACCCAUGUCAGACCGCGUGGCGGGACGCGUGGCUCGCUGGAACCAGACUCCCUCAGUCACAGACUCUGGCGCCGAUUUGUCAGCCAGCACCACAGCAAGCAGUUCGGAGCCCGAGAGCGCGAGGACCGUCAGCGGUUUGGUGCGGCAGUGGAACAACAAGAACAAUGCCUACGGAUAUCUGGCAGAGAGUGAAGGGAGCGUGGACGGGACACGAGUCAUCGGAAAGAAGCUGCAGCAUAAGCCAGCAGGACUGGGCAGCACUGCGGCUGCAGGCAGACCCAGUUUCUCCAAGUCUGCUCGCCAGAAGUGGCAAACCCUGGAGCGCAGAAUAAUGGACAUUGUCAUGCAGAGAAUGACAAUCUCUAAUGUUGAAGCUGACAUGGAUCGCCUCAUCAAAAAGCGAGAGGAGCUGACCGUCCAGCAGGAAGCACUCUCACACAAGAGGGAAGUGCUGAUGGCAGACGGGGAGGGCCCAGAGGCCGAGGACCGUCUCCUACUGGAAGUCAGUGAGGAGCUGGAAGUGCUGAACGCCAACAUAGACUACAUCAACGACAGCCUGUCUGACUGCCAGGCCACGAUUGUACAGAUAGAGGAGACCAAGGAUGAGCUGGACUCAGUGGAUACUUCCGUGGUAAUCAGCUCCUGCUCCCUGGCUGAAGCACGCCACCUUCUGGACCACUUCUUAAAGGCUUCUAUUGACAAAAGUUUACAGGUAGCUCAGAAGGAGGCUCAAAUCCGACUGCUGGAGGGUCAGCUGAGACAGACGGAUGUGAUUGGCUCGUCUCACAAUCAUAUGAUCCUGGAUGCUCUCCGUGAAAAGGCUGAAUACAUCCCUGAACUCCAGGCUCUCAUCCAUAAUGUCCAACAAGAAAAUGGUUAUGCCAGCACUGAUGAGGAGCCCUCCGAGUUCAGCCAAGCCUCUGACAGCAGCGUGUCUCAAAUGAAGGAAUCCAACAGCCAAGAUGAUUUCAAAACCAAGAUGGAGCCGCGUCUGUCGGCCCAGAUGAAGGCGGUGUCAGCAGAGUACCUGGGUCCAAUCCUGGACCCUUUAACAGGCAGCAAAGCGCAGCACAUCACCAAGUCUCUGGCUUCACUGACAGACAUCCAGGAGGACGGUCUGAGUCUCAUUCCAGGGAGCCCAGGGCUAAACCUGUCUCUGCGAGACUACUAUCACAGGGACAGGGCGUCCCGCACCAUCAGUCUCCCUGUCAGGGGACAUACCUUUCCCAGGCAGUCGCGGGGUUAUGAAACUUCUCCUAUAACUAGAAGGAAGUCUUAUGAUCGCGCAUACAGGCCUACUGACGGCUACACUCCUCCAUCUUCACCUCCUCUAAGGAGCAGGAAUGACCGCAAUGUCUUCUCAAGACUCACCAGCAACCAAGCUCAAGGCUCGGCUCUGGACAAGUCGGAUGACAGCGACUCCUCGCUCUCCGAGGUGCUCAGGGGUGUGAUCAAUCCCAUUGGGGGUGUGAAAGGGGGUCGAACAGCCCCCCUGCAGUGUGUGUCUGUAGCCGAGGGCCACUCAAAGCCGGUUCUGUGUGUGGAUGCUACAGAUGAGCUCCUGUUUACUGGAUCAAAAGAUCGUACUUGUAAGAUGUGGAACCUGGUAACGGGUCAGGAGAUCGCUACUCUCAAAGGACACCCAAACAAUGUGGUUUCGGUCAAAUACUGCCCUUCCUCUGGUCUGGUUUUCUCCGUCUCCACCUCUUACAUCAAGGUUUGGGACGUGCGCGACUCUGCCAAAUGUGUCCGCACGCUCGUAUCUUCAGGUCAGGUGAUUUCAGGGGACGCGUGCGCUGGCACAACCACCCGCACCAUAAACUUUUCUCAGGGCGAAUGUCAGAUCAACCAGAUAGUUCUCAACCCGUCUGGGUCUCUGCUUUACGCUGCUGCUGGAAACAUUGUGCGCAUGUGGGACCUGAACAGGAUGCAAGCGACAGGGAAGCUGACAGGACACAUUGGCUCUGUCAUGUGUCUGACAGUAGGACAAUCUCUGCUGGGCAAAGAUCAAGUCAUCACUGGCUCCAAAGACCAUUACGUCAAGGUGUUCGAUGUCGCAGAGGGAACUCUGGGUAAUGUAGGUCCAGCCCAUAACUUUGAGCCUCCACACUACGACGGCAUAGAGUGUUUGGCCGUGCAGGGAGACGUGCUGUUCAGCGGCUCAAGAGACAACGGCAUCAAGAAAUGGGAGCUGGAGCAGCAAGAACUCACACAGCAAAUCCCAAAUGCCCACAAGGACUGGGUGUGCGCUCUGGCGUAUGUGCCCGGACGGCCCAUGCUGCUGAGCGGCUGCCGUGGCGGCAUGCUGAAAGUCUGGAACGUAGACAACUUCACACCGAUAGGGGAGGUCAGAGGUCAUGACAGCCCUAUUAAUGCCAUAUGCACCAACUCCAGACAGAUCUUCACUGCCUCUAGCGACUGCAGGGUGAAGCUUUGGAGCUAUGUGCCAGGCUUGACCCCAUGUCUUCCUCGUCGGGUCUUGGCCAUCAAAGGCCGAGCCACCAGCCUCCCAUGAUUGCCUAUUCUCUGCCCACCGCCCCCACCUCUCCUCUGCGACAAGACGGUGAAAAUCUGGCUGUCAAAGGUGUGGAGGAAGAGGUGAGAAACAAAGUGACUGUGGAUCAGCCGUCUUGCUUCAGCUUCCUCCUCAGAUCUGUGACCCGCUCACUUUAAGCAACGAGAUUCUUACUCUGAAGUUGCAGUUUCCACAGCAGUUGGGGUUUUGAAUAUAUACUCAAGAAUCAUCUGCGUCUUUCUACAAAAAGAAGAAGAAAAAAAAAAACCUUUCAGACUUUUUGUACUGCCAUUUGUUAAAAGUGCCAUUGAGGUGUGGUGCUGCUCAGAAAAGACAAACUGCAUCAGUCUGCCGGUGCGUCCUCCAGGCGAAACCCCUCCCCUCACAUGAAAACAACCCCCCCCACACACAGCCUGGUAUUAAAUAAAAGUGUCCUUCUGUUCUUUCACUGAGGUUUAGGACAGUGAGAGCUGAAUCUGUUGGACUUAUGUUCCUGCUUUACAAGGCUUGUGGCUGUUCUGCAGCUGCAUUGUCAUCUUAUGUUUUAAAUUCCAUCAAUCAUGGAGCUGUUUUUAUUGUUAUUAGGCUGUUUUUUUCAAUUAAUUUAUUGUUUUCUCUACCUCACUUAGUUGGACUUGGAGGUAGGAGCGCACAUUUCUACGGGUGUCUGAGUUUGAAUACUCUGUGCUUUAUGCAUUGACGUGACUAUUUAAUGCCAGGCUCUUCAUCCCGGUUAUGAUACGUCCUCUGUAACUGACCGCCAUCGGACUGUCUGGCUGCUGACCUUACAAGCAUGCUUCUACGCUCACCGUAUCUCAACUAAAGUUGGUCCUGACCAACACCGACAUACGACCACAGCAGCGCUCGCUCAGUUGUGAAGGUUGGCUGUGCGUUGAGGCUAAAGUGCCACUUCGUUAUCUCCUUGCCCUGUAGCUCAUGGCUCCCACCUGCUAUUUAUACUUCAGGGAAAUGGUAAGAAGAACCCCAGCAGUUUUCAUUUUUACUCUGACCAACCUUAUAGACUGGACCUGACUUCUGCACCUCUUUAGAAACCUGUUUUUGUCAGAGACCUUCUUUAUAGUCAGAUUACUUGGGUGAAAGUAGGUCAUCGCAGAGAAGAGUUCUUUUCUUCAUUAAAAAUUCCAAAUUUUCUUCCACCCACUGCUGCAUUUCACAGGCAGCAAUAAAACUUCCAGUCCCCACGUACUGAUGUACAAAAUGUGUUUAUCCGUGUGUGUAACGUGCGCACAUCGUGCACAUGCCACCAACACACAAACACAAGAUGUUUCGCUUAUCCAUCUUGCCUGAUAGGUCUUGGCAUGUCUAACUGUGUUGAUUUUCUGUUUUUUAAAUGAAACAAAUUCACAAACACACCUACAGGCAACAGCAAGUCCUAAAAGUCACUUCAAUUAUCCUUUUUGUAGUCUGACUCAUGAAGGCUCUGAGAAGGGCUUCACAGCACUUCAUGAACGCUGGCUUUUUUCAUGGAAUGCUCUGAAAUAAGGAGCUGUAUUUUUAAUCUCCUCGUUGUUGCGCUUGAUUAAAACCCCAACGUUCACACUUCAUUUUUUCAUCUCAGCAAUGUCACUUCUUCUUUGGCAACCCCCCCCCCCCCCCCCCCCACUUUGGCUCAUUUUGUGCACUUUUUUCUCAAAAAAGACCCAGAGAGGAUCAGUCUGUAGUUAAUCAAGUGACCCAUGGAUCUUUAAACAGCAUUUAAAAUAGGUGUUAAUUAAAAAGAAAAAGUUCAAAAAGCUUUCUUUAAACUAUGCCCUGAUAAAUGUUUGCUGCUGUUUCAUGUUUCCAACAUGUGUGAGGCAAUUUUGGUGUUUAGUGUUGUUUUGGGUGGGUCAAAGGGUUACUGAACAUGUGAAUUUAGCGUUAAUCUGAUCACACUUUUUGUAGUAAUGUAUUUUUUAAAUGAGAAACUCAGGUAAUGGAUGAAGGAUAUUUUUGUUUUUUUUGGUCACACUGAGUCAGAACUUGACUUUGUGAAUUUAGCUAGCUUUCUGAAUUAACCAAAUCAAAGGCCUUGCUUAAGUGAAAUAGGUUUUUCAACAUUAUUUUUUUACAUUUUGACACAAAAAAGGUACCAUAAGUAUUGUAACCGCUUUUUUUCAUUUGACGUUUGACUCCCUUUACUUCCUGUUAAUAGACUGUGCUUUUGUGAAUGAAGAUGUUUCCAGCUGAAAGGCCUUGAAACUCUUGAAACAUGCACUGAUUUUUUAUCAUAAUAACCUGUUAAUAAUAUAUAUUGUAUCAUUUGUUUGUAUCAGUUUGCCUCUAAAACUGGAACGUGUGGCACAAAGUGUGGUCAGCAGGGGACAUAUGCUUGAGUUCACCAGGCCCUUCACUGAAUUUGCGGGUGCCAAUUAGUCAAGUUGUCCUGCUCAGCAGCUUACUGCCUUUUUUCAUGGUAACAUUACAUUGACAUGCUUCCUCUUUGUUUUUUCCUUAGACUUGUACUCAUGAUUAGAGAAUAUUUGGUAGCUUUAGGCGCUUCCAUGUGCCCUGUGCUUUUACAUUUAUCCACUAACAGGUUGUUUGACAAAGCCAUUUGUCUCUGUAUUGCCAAAAGAUGUUGCUAAAAUAUUCAAAAAGUGUUCUUCCCAAGAUUUUCCUACCUGGAGGAGUUAUUGAGGACAUUUAAACAGCAGAAAUGACUUAAGCAUCUGGCAAAAGCAGUUCCGCGUUUGGGUUCUGUACUUCCGCCCAUGUCGGCAUCGCUCCUGUACUUAAUGGUUUGUAAAUAGUUCUCAUACCUUUUCCAAUUAUUGCUGAAGAGAUGCAGUUGAGGUUCGCUGACUCUGCUGAGCUCGCUUAGCUUUCCACGCACUUUGAAAAGGAAACCUUUUCUGUGAACACUCUCCAUGCUGCUGUUUUAUGAAUAAGAACCGAGCCAUGUUUUAGAGUUAGUUUACAGAAAAACCAUUUAUGACCCCAGAAAAGGCUGAAAUGACAGACCUUGUGAUCUGUUGUAGCUUCUCAGUAGGGAUAGAAGUCUGUAAUGUGAGUAUUUCCUGACACUUCAUGUAGGGUAAUAGUUUAGAAGGAAAAAAAAGGCAAUUUCAUGCUUUUUAUAGCUUGUUUUUUUUAAUAGAAACUGGGGAUGUUCACCUGGACAAAGCUGCAUGCAAUCUGUUGUAGAUACUCCUGAGAGAUCUUCUUCAUGACCCUAACCGUCUAAAGAUCUGCAACGUUUUUUUUUACUCCACGCCGCAAAAAGACAGUUUUGCUCCCCUUAAUAAACUGUGGGAAUUUCAUAAACAUUGUGUCCAAUCACCGUUCAAGCUAAUCCUCGUUUAUUCUGGUUCGUAUGGCGGAACAGUUUAUCUCCUUGUGUUUUCUCAUAAUGCAAAUUACUUAAAUGGUGGAUAAAAUAUAAGCAACAGAAUAGUGGGAAACCUCCUGUAGGUGUUUUUCUUUUGUGUAAUUAUGGAAAUAUACCUACUUUUUUCAAAGAAAAAUAGAAAUAGUCACCAGAGCUCACAGCAAAGCAGACAAAUAAACAUUGUUUGUCAUUGUAUGUUAUUAACCUUUCCAGCAAUGAUUCACAGAAACUUUUUUUCUCUCGACUAGAAAAGCAUAUUUGCUAUUUGUGAAAAAACAAAUUUGUUUCAAAUAACUAUUAGAACGCCGUAGGUCCUAAUGGGUGCAUGCACCAAUUUUCACUGAUGAACCAUUUCCAGUAUAACACCACAGAACAUAUGGAGUCAAGUUGCCCAUCAGAUUGUGCAUUACCAGCUUUAGUGCUUCAUCCACAACCAUGUCAGCGUUACACCUCAGCUAACAAGCCUGACUGCCUUAACAAACUGAAUGUGUGUUCAGGACAUUGAUAAUCAUCCACCAAAGAUCCUGAAUCCAUAUCAGACCCACUCUGAGGAUGGUAAAUCGUUCUUCAGUUGUGCUGGAAGCUGUUCUGCGAUUGCUUGCUUCAUCAUUAAAGGCAGAAAAGACCGACCAGGCCUCAGGCUGCUGAUGGGAUGCUAUUGCAUUUAGACACAAUCUUGAAGGCUCCUGAUGCAGAGGGCACUUUGCAGCCCUGCUGUUUUGACAGUAAACAUCCGUCCCACUUAACCACACAUCUCCUCUGUUGCUGCUCCAGUGGAUUUUAGUCCAGGUGUGUGAUGUGCUGUUACCUCAAUCUGUGACAUUGUCUGUGAAAAAUCUUCUCUUGGGUCACAAAUGCAGGGUCAAAAGUCAUUUGUGCCUUUUGUUGCGCAGACUACUCCCUCCUGAGUGUAAAUGUGUGUACAGUUUUUUUUAUAGAUAAGACAUUGUGCAUGAACCUAAGCCAUGUAAUGUUUUACAUGUAAAUAUUGUAAAAAGAUAUUUAAUAAAAGAUCAGUUCUUCCCUCAGCAAAAUAAAUGAGUCCAAAACA